AUGGACACAGAGAACCACCCCUACAAGCCCCUUGAGGGCCUUAUUGACCAAGAUGAUAACGCUGUUGAGCGCUCGCUAGAGUGGCUUCUGGCGGACCUCAAUGGAAACAAUGGCGCUCUGCCUCCUGACGCUGAUAUUGAUACGGAACGGCAGCCAACAGCGCGUGGGAAUAUGAAUGCUCGAGGCGAGGAUAGGGAACAAGACAUUCCCCAAAUCGAAGAAGAUGGACCAAAGGUCUUCAGAGUUUCUCAGCCUCACUACAGUUUUGAGGUUGCGAUUCCGGAAAUGCCUCUUGACAAGCGUAACGAGUACUCGGCCGUUCACAGCGAUAUCGUCGAGUUCAUAUCUGGGGAGCUCCGGUCAAGUCGUGGCAUCGUCAAGUAUCAUGUCGAGUUUACAGAUGGGCGACAAGAGUUGAUAUCUACAGCUGAACUCGUUACCCGUGAGAACGGAAGAGUUGCAUUGGCCCGAUUCAGCCAAGGCCUAUGGCCACAUGAACUUGACGACAUGUCUGCCCGCAAGCGAAAAUACAUGCAGGACGAUGAGUGGGACUCUGGACAGGAGUCUGCUGUUUCUGACCGUAUGGACAUUGACGAGGAGAUGGAGGAUGAUGACGAAGAACCAGUUCAGAGAAAACGUUCGUCUCGAAGCGUAUCCCGACGCCUUCGCUCUAGAGAGAACACCAAGCAACUUUCCCGUAGUCCUGCUCUGGCGAUAGACGAAGAUGAUCUGGACGAUCUACAGCCAGAGCCUUUAGGGGCCACCAGAUCGUUGAGAACUCGACCUCCAAGACAACUGACUCGGAUGUCCUUUAAGAACGGCAUCAGUAGUCAAGACCAGGAUGAACUGCUCGGAGAUGCCCCUCUUGUUUCGUCAGGCGAGGAAGAUGAUGAUUUCAUGCCUAUCGUCUCCGAUCUUGCCCCCAAAAAAGGACGUCCUACUAGGUCGCGACAAAAGUCGAAGCGUCUUCACACUGCGAGUAUGCGACAAAAGGCUCUGUCUCAAUUGCGCCAGAAGUCCCCUGACUCAGAUAUUGAGUUUGAAGCACCUCGACGUUCCUCCAGAGCUACAAGGAGCACCCUGAACAUGCGAGAUGAUGCCCAAAUGGAUGAGGAUUCCUUCUAUAUUGCCGAUGACAAGGCCCCUGGCGCCCCGAAGAUUAUCUCAAUCAGGGAGGUUUUUCAGCCUCUUCCUGCCGACUCAGAGUUUGCUUCGAUGCACAUGGAUGCCUGCCACACCUGCGGAGGCUCACGACAACGGGGCCCAAUGAUUCACUGUCAGGGCUGCACGUUGUCUUAUCACAAGAACUGCCUGGGAUACCGCAGUGCUCGCGAGCAUAUGGUUACCAAGAUCGGUCAGGAUGAUUUUGUCCUGCAGUGCAGGUUCUGUAUUGGCGUCCCAAAUAAAAAGGAUGGCAGUGCUCCCAGGUAUAGCAUGUGUCAGGCAUGCAAAUCUUCAGGUCGUAGCUGCGCGGCCUUUUCUGAAAAGAAGACAUCUCGCCAGGAGGAGAAGCUUCGUGAGCAGAACGGUGGCGUUGAUCCAAUCACUCAGGUUCCUCCAGACCUUCUUAACAACGCUGAAGCGGUCCUCUUCCGAUGUACUUCAUGUCAUCGAGGCUGGCACGUUGAUCAUCUUCCGGGCGCUAGAGGCGGAACAAUCGGAACGGAUCUCAAGUCCGAGCGUCUGAAAGACCAUUCCAUUGACUGGCAAUGCAAAGAGUGUGCAAAUGCCAGGCAUAAAAUUCAUCGGCUCGUGGCAUGGCGCCCUAUACCAACAGAGCUUGCCAAACGAGACCCUCGACCAAUGUAUACUGAGGUUCGAGAGGACGAGAAGGAAUAUCUGAUCAAAUGGGAAAGUCUAUCCUAUGCUCACUGUGACUGGAAGCCGGGCGCUUGGGUGUACGGUGUAGCAGCGCCCACGAUGCGUACUUCCUUCGGCAAAAGAGACCUCGAGCAGGAUUUGCUGAAACUCAGCGAGCGAGAGGCCAUUCCAGAUGAGUUCCUUAUGCCAGACAUAGUUCUCAACACCAGACUGGACCCAUCGGUCCCAAGACCAAGGACAAAAAAAGACGAAAUAGAUAACUUGGCCAACGUCAGCAAAAUCUUUGUCAAGUUUCAAGGCCUUGGUUAUGAUGACGUUGUGUGGGACACGCCCCCAUCAGAGGAUGCAGGCGAUAUCUAUGCCUCCUUUGUGGAGGCAUACUACGAGUAUAUUGAGGGCAAAUACUUCAGGAGUGAAUCUCAGCACAAGAUCAGAGAACGAGUCAAGGCUUACAAAGCCGAGCCGUUCGAGGAGUUGAAGGAGCAACCUGCCGGCCUCAAACGUGGAAAGCUCAUGGGAUACCAGAUUGAAGGAGUCAAUUGGUUGUUAGGGAACUACCAUUCAGGCCGCAGUGUGGUUCUCGCAGAUGAGAUGGGCUUAGGAAAGACUGUCCAGGUUGUAGGCCUUGUGACUUCUUUAGUCCAAGACAGCCCUAAGUGCUGGCCUUUUCUUGUCGUUGUUCCAAAUGCUACAUGUCCGAAUUGGCGCCGUGAGUUCAAGCAGUGGGUGCCAGAGCUCCGAGUGGUCGCCUAUCAUGGCGGAAGAGAACCACAGGCACUUGCUUACAAGUACGAGCUGUUCCCCAAUGGAUCUACUGACAUGAAGGCACACGUUGUGAUCAUGUCCUAUGACUCAGCACAGGACCCUGCGACAAAGGCUCUCUUCAAGUCUAUCAAUUGGGCAGGGCUUGUGGUUGACGAAGGUCAGCGCCUGAAGAACGACCAGAACAUUUUGUAUGGUGCUCUUCGCUCAAUGCGAAUUCCUUUCCGACUUCUACUUACUGGUACACCACUCCAGAACAACAAGAGGGAACUGUUCAAUCUUUUACAGUUCAUUGAUGAGAAGCAGAAUGCCGAAGAACUGGACGCAGAGUAUGCGGUUCUUGAUAAGGAGACGCUACCCAAGUUGCACAACAAGAUUCGACCAUACUUCCUCCGCCGAACCAAAGCAGGUGUUCUCAAAUUUUUACCUCCCAUGACACAAAUCAUUCUGCCGGUCACAAUGACUGUAAUUCAAGAGAAACUUUCGAAGAGUAUCAUGGCCAAAAAUCCCGAGCUCAUCAAGGCCAUGUUCUCCAACAGCAAGAUGAACAAGAAAGAACGUGGAUCUCUCAACAACAUUUUAAUGCAGCUGAGAAAAUGCCUCUGUCACCCUUUCAUGUACUCCGAAGCUAUUGAGGAGCGUCACCAUGAUCAAACAGUAAUUCAACGCAACUUGGUCGAGGCAUCAGCCAAGCUCCUACUUCUCCAAGUCAUGCUUCCAAAACUACAGGAAAGGGGGCAUCGCGUGUUGAUCUUCAGCCAGUUUUUACAGCAAUUAAAUAUCAUUGAGGAUUUUCUCAAUGGCCUAGGCUACGAUUUUCGCCGUCUCGAUGGCAGUAUCAGUAGUCUGGAGAAACAACGGCGCAUUGAUGCCUUCAACGCCCCUGACUCGCCCAUCUUCGCGUUUCUUCUUUCGACCCGAGCUGGUGGUGUUGGCAUCAAUCUCGCUACUGCAGAUACAGUCAUCAUCCUCGAUCCUGAUUUCAACCCACACCAGGAUAUUCAGGCAUUGUCCCGUGCUCAUCGCAUUGGACAGAAGAAGAAGGUCCUUUGCUUCCAGCUUAUGACUGUAGACUCGGUCGAAGAAAGAAUUAUGCAAAUUGGGAAGAAGAAGAUGGCCUUGGAUCAUGCUCUGAUCGAAAGCAUGGACGACGACGAACUUGCCGGUGAUGAUCUGGAGUCAAUAUUGAAACACGGCGCCCAGGCCUUGUUCAACGAUGACUAUGAAAAGAAGUCUAUCCACUAUGAUUCUGCUGCUGUUGAUGCACUUCUAGAUCGGACAGACGAUACAGAAAGCAAACCAGAUGACGGGACAUCAUUCUCUUACGCCAAGGUGUGGUCCAACGACAAGUCCGGCUUCGACGCUGGUUUUGCUACCGAAGAGAUGGCUGAACCAGAAGCUAUAAACUCGAGCGUCUGGGAUCGUAUCCUGGCUCAACGUGAGGCAGAAGCACAGCGUCAAGCUGAAGCAACUAGGGAGGUUCUGGGUCGCGGUGGUCGACGUCGACAGGCUAUUAACUACAAGACGAACGCCCUAGAUAACCCUAUUCCUGGCGAUGCCGAAGCUGAGCCGUCAGACUCCUCUGAUGAUUUUGCUGGCGGUGACUCUGGAGAAGAGUCUGAGGAGGAAGAUCCGUCACUGGCAAAAGACGCCGAAGCAGACCUCCAAACCUUCCAAGCAUCAAACGCCCGUAACGCCAGACCACAGGAAGUCAUUGGUGAACAGCAAAAAGCCAGUCGCGGGAGCCGGCAAGAAACACCAAACAACCACAGCAAACAGCAAAAGCAGCAGCCAACGUGGCAAAUCGGGAACACCCAAAACCCCAAGCAGCAAGGGAGUAUCCAAAACAAUCGCACAGCGACCCCCGGCUACCCCAUGCAAACCUCCUACCCUCAAGGGAGUGGCCCAGUAAAUACCGAAAUGCCCAUUGACUUCACCCGAUAUAUCAAGGGUAACUACCUCUACCAGGGCGACUCUACAGACCCUGUACCACCUGAGCGGGUAAUUCCCACCCAACCUCAUGCUCCUAAUAACCAAAUAGUUGAUUACAGAAACGUUCGCCUCCGCUCAGAAGCCGAAGUUAGAGUAGCCCUUGAUUGGGUCCAACGUUCGGAACCUGAGGCUGAGGUUAGGAAACAAUACAAGGCGGUUCUGCUAAGCCGUUUAAGGUCGCUUACCGGUAAAAGCGGAACGCAGCACAAAUGA